AAAACGAAGACAAGAUAAAGAAAUAAGAGAUCAGAAAACCGAACUGAAUCGGUGAACAAGGCACAGUGCAACUACAAAGUGCAUUCAAGAUGUGGCUAAAAAAAUUAAUAUUUCUUAUAUUUUUUGUUACCGUUAAUUGUACCGUUAUCCAGCACGUAAAAGAUAUAACUGUAUCUUCACUUGCUAAUGAAAUUGAACUGUGGACAAAACGAAACUAUGAAACAGAAUUAUUUAAGGAAAUGAUAAAAUAUUUGAAAAUUCCAACGGAGUUGCAAAAUUCUGAUUGGCGAACUUUCACAAAAGGAGCAGAUAAUGCUAUUUGUACAAUAUGUCAAGCUACUGUAAAAACAUUCAUAAAAUUACGGAAACAAGGAAUGUCAGAUGAAAGUAUAAAAAAUAAAGUAAUCAAAUUAUGUGUGUUAAUGAAUAUACAGAAAGAGAAAAUUUGUAAAGGAGUAAUCGAAUUGAAUCUGCCUACUGUUAUGUACAUAAUAGAUUCGAAACCAAAUUUAACAGCUAAUACAAUUUGUGGUGUUGUCUUUGAAACAAAAUCAUGUCCUUUAAAAGACCCUGAAUUUGAAUGGAGUAUUAAUAUUGGCAACAGUUCAAAAACAGUAAUUAAUGAAAAGAAGACAAAUAAAGAAUUCAAAGUUCUACAAAUUACAGACAUUCAUUAUGAUCCGUUAUAUGAACCACGUGGUAAUUCACAUUGUGGAGAACCAGUUUGCUGCAGAAAAGGUCAAAACAAAACUAAUAUAAAUGCAUUAGCUGGAUUCUGGGGAGAUUAUGAAUCAUGUGAUACACCUUGGCAUGCCAUUAUUGAUGCUUUAACUCAUAUUAAACAAACACAUCUGGGUAUAAAUUAUGUAUACUUCACUGGUGAUGUGAUAGAUCAUGGAGUAUGGGAAACUUCAAAAGAAGGAAAUAUAAGAAGUCUUGAACAAAUUUAUAACAAAAUUUAUGAAAUCUUUGGAAAGGUUCCAGUAUUCCCAGUUCUUGGAAAUCAUGAACCACAUCCUUUGAACCUAUUUUCACCAACAAAUAUAACAUUAAACAAUGUAUCUACGAACUGGUUGUAUGAAUCUGUAGCAGAUUUGUGGAUCAGUUAUGGUUGGUUACCAGAAUACACACGUUCUACACUACUUCAAGGAGGAUAUUACACGGUUACUCCAAAAAAAGGAUUCAGAAUCAUAGCUUUAAAUUCUAAUGUUUGCUAUUGUUAUAAUUGGUGGCUAUGGUAUACUCCAAGGGAUCCAGACAAUCAAUUACAGUGGCUUACAAAUACACUUCUUACUGCAGAAAAAAAUCAAGAAUUUGUACAUAUUUUGUCCCAUGUACCUGUUAAUAGCAACUCUUGUUUAAAAACAUGGAAACGAGAGUAUCUUAAAAUAAUUAACAGGUUUUCCCAUUUAAUUAGAGCAGAAUUCAAUGGACAUACUCAUAACGAUGAAAUGACAAUAUUUUACAAUUCAAAUCAUGAAGCAGAAAAUAUUGCUUGGAAUGGUGGUAGUAUAACUUCUUACUCAAAAUUGAAUCCAAAUUACAAAGUCUAUAAUGUGAAUGGUAGUAGUUACGCAGUUACAGAUUAUGAAAAUUGGAUGUAUGAUCUUCAUUCUGCUAAUAAAAACGUCAACAAAAGACCAAAAUGGUAUAAAUCAUAUUCUUUCAAAAUGGAGUAUGGCCUUUCAGAUUUAUCAGCUAAAUCUUUACAUAAUUGGAUAUAUACAGCAAUAAACAAUGAGACACUUCUAAACAAAUAUUACAUCAAUUUUUAUAAACGAGCUGAAGCUUCAUUGGAAAGAAACUGUAAUUUAAGCUGUAAGAAGCAAUAUUUGUGCCGCACGAUUAUGACCCAUGAAAACCUAAAUCAACUAUGCAAUAACAUUUAAAAAUAUUAUAAUUUUCCAUUAAAACUAUUUAUACAGAAUAUAUGAAAUAUACAGUUAAAUAAGA